GAUGGGCAGUACCCAGCAGGAGUGGAGGACAGACUGCCUCCGCCCGGAAGCCCGUACUACCUCGCUGACCCCUCCCAGAUCUGGUGAGCGAAACAGUAGGAUCAUUGAAUUAAAUCUUUAUUUUAAUUUUUUUUUAUUAUGUACUUCUAAAAUAGACAACCAAUGACAGACGUGUCUGUUCUGGUUAUGACAGCUAGAUGAGAUCAAUCAAAUGUCGCUCAUUUGUAUUAUAUUUUGUACUGAAGUUGCAUUGAGACUGCAGUGUAUGGGUCAACCUUACCUAUUGCAGUGGUCACCAAGUCUCGGAAGGGUGUGCAGUGCUUUUGUUCAAGCCCAGUACUAACAUACCUCACCAAGACCUCGGUCAGUGAAAUCAGGUGUCGUUGCUAGGCGGCUGGAGCAAAAGGCUGGUGACCAGUGGAUGGUGGUGUAACGUUGCUGUGUGUCUCCAUCCAGUGUGUCGGAGCUGGGCGAGGAUGGGGCGGGUGGGGUCCGGGGGCCGGUGCUCUUCCACCCACCGCCCAACUGCAGGAUCCGAGAGGUGCACUGCGGGAGUCAGGUGCGGCUGGUCGUCAUAGCGAUUCGCGACAUCGCCAAAGGGGAGGAGAUCACGGUGGACUACAGCCUGACGGACUGGGGAGAGAACGCCAUGGUGACUAUGACUCGCUGAUAACAUUGCCAGCUUGCCUCGUUGCGAACCCAUUUCGGCUAUUUUUAAAUGUACUCAGUGAAGAAUGAGUGUUGUCAGAGGUCAUGACCUUUUUAUACACAUCACAAUUACCAUUGUUCAGCUGUAGGCAUUACUAGUUGCAUGUUGUGUUGUUUCCUUGUUCUGUCCAAGUAAAGAACAUCGCCCAGUGUGAUUGUCUGGGCUCCAUAUUGAAGCCUUUUGGUUGUGUUACGAAUAUCCUAGGGAUUCCAUAGCUCUGUGUCUCUGCGAGGGUUUGACUGCAGCUUUAACCCUGACAAUAACAUUAAGAAGGUCAUCAGAAGGUCGUGACCUCUAGUACAUUUCUUCAAUUGGUUACUGAGGGUAUUUAUAAAGUUGCUGUUUUGUCAUGUUUUUGGAUUUGUCUCCGGACAGGAGGAAGAGCCUGGCCCCCACCCACUGUCUCUCUCCAUCUCUGACUACCUCACCCCAUCCUGGUCCCUCUCCCCCUCCUCCUCCCCGCUCACCCACUCUGAGCCCAGCGACUCGGACCGAGAGGAGGAGGAGGAGGAUGAUGAGGAUGAAGAAGAAGAGAUGGAGGAGCUGAGGGGCCGCAUGCUCCGCCGCCGAAAGAAGCGCAAACUAGCUGCCCCCGUCACCACCAAGAAGAAGAGUGUCGCCAACCCCAGGGCCGGACCCGGGCGCCCCGUCUCGUCCUCCUUCUCCCGGCUGGCUGCCUCCUCCUCCUCCUCCACCCCGGCCCAGACCCAGUCUCAGCCUGCCACCCCACUGGCGCCCCCCACCACCAACAUCAACAACAACAUCAACAUAAACAUCGGCAGCUCCAGCGGGGCCACGGUCAGCCGGCAGCAGCACUGCCCCUACUGCAGCCGUCACUACCGCUCUCUGGCUCGCCACCUGGAGAAACACCAUGCCAACCAGCCGGAGGUCAGGGCAGCCAUGGAGCUAGCUGCACUCCACACACACUCCUCCUCGCAUCCUCACCCUUCCUCCUCUACUAGCUCCUCGCACGCCCACAUCUUCACCUCACCCCAGCUGCCCUCCUCCUCCUCUACUCCCGCCCCUCCACCUCUUUUCUCCAGGGAGAGAGAGAGGGAUGCGCUGGCCGCUCGGAGUUCCUCGGGGGCGGUCUCCUUUUCGCUCUCACUCUCCCCGCCCUCGGCUGCUCAGCCGGCCGCGGCCAAAAAAGGCUCCAGCUUGUCGGCGCAGAAGGCCAAGACGGGCUCCGCCCCAGCAGUGGUGCCGGUGAAAAGUCUGCCGACACCCAGGAGGGGCCGCAGGCCGAAGAGAGAGGAAGAGGAGGAGCAGAAAGCGGGGGAGUGCAUCAGGAGCAAAGAGGAAGAGAUUCCUCCACCUCCUACCCCCAAGCCGGAGGAAGAAGAGCUGGAUGAGGACAGGACAGUAGAGAGUCCUGGGGACAGGAGUGCACAGGUGGCUAGGUAUGAUGGAUAAUAUGGUUCUGCUGCAUUGGCCUAAAUGAAAUGUGACAUACGAAGUUCUGAAUUGAAACUGCUUGAGAAAUGCCAUUCUAUCAUUAUUAUAAUGGCUAUGUGUGAUAAAGAAGUUAAAGUCCUCCAGUCUGCUUUUCAGCUCCUUUAUCAUCUGAUUUACUUAACAAAAAGCACAUCUCAAUAGCUGGUCCAGGUGUCCUCUUGACACGGCGUGGGGGGGGGGGCUCCUCUUCUGUACUCUAUUGUUCUCAAGCAAGGGUGAAGGCCGAUGACAUCAGAGGCCAUCAUCACACCAACUCCUUGAAUGGCCUACUCCAUGAAGUUUGGAGUUGUCAAAAAAAAAAUACUAUUUUGCUCAAAACAUAUAUUUUUAUCCCUAAGCGUAUACGUGGGAUAUUGUUUUUCAACUGAGAAAAAUUUGUUUUGCUUUCAAAUAUUAUAUAUGUUUUGACAUGUAUUUUAAAACUCUCUCUCUCUCUGUCUCUCUCUCUUUUUGUCUCUGUCUCUCUCUCUCUGUCUCUCUCUCUUUUGUUCUCUCUCUCGCUCUCUCUCUCUCUAUCUCUCUCUCUCUUCAUCUUUUGUGUCUCUCUCUCUCGCUCUAUCACUUCUCUCUUGUCUCAUCUCUCUGUCUCUCUCUCUCUCUGUCUCUCUGUCUCUCUCUCUCUCUCUCUUUUGUGGUCUCUCUCUGUCUCUGUCUCUCUCUCUCUCUCUCUCUCUUUUUGUCUCUAUCUGUAUCUCUGUCUGUCUCUCUCUCUCUAUCUCACUCUCUCUCUGUCUCUCUCUCUGUCUCUCUCUCUCUCUGUCUCUCUGUCUCUCUCUCUCUCUCUCUCUUUUUGUCUCUCUCUCUCUCUCUGUCUCUCUCUCUCUCUCUCUCGUCUUCUCUCUCUCUUUUCUCUAGCUCCCACAGACACCACAUGCCCCCUCUCCUCUCCUCUCUCUCCUGCCUGGUGCUCUACCUCCGCCGGCAGCAGCACUCCUCCUUCUUAUCUCUGUCUCGCUCCUCCAGUUCGCCUGAGGCCUGGCGCCUGCUCUGCCAUUCCAGCCUAGCGCUGAUCAUCCUCUAUAACCGCCACCGCGAGUGUGAGGUGGCGCAGCUCACCACCCAGGACUACCACAACCGCGUCACCCCGACCCAGGCUAACUCGGCCAACAACCCCCCCACCGGCAUGGAGGCCAUCCUCUCCCCCUUCGAGCAUCAGGUCCUCUGCCACCUCCCCCGGGCAGGUGUGCUGGGGAAGCGUGGGCGUAUCCAGCCCCUCGUCCUGCCCCCGCACUGUGAGCCCUGCCUGGAGCUGCUCCUUCAGACCUCCGCCAACGUGGGCGUCGACCCCGACAGCCCCUACGUCUUCUCCCGGCCCUUCCACUCGCCCGCCACGCCGCUCCGGGGCACCGACGUGCUGCGCAACCUGGCACGGGCCAGCGGCGCCAAGAACCCCAGGGCGCUGACCCAGACGCGGGCGCGCCGGCAGGUGGCCAUUCUCACCCAGCUACUGCUCCUGGAGGAAGGGGAGGGGCAGGGCCGGCCGGGCGGGGCGGCCGCCAAGCGCCUGGAAGACUUCCUGCAGAGGGAGUACCACGUGACCCAGAACUGUGCCACGAUAGGCCGAGACCCGGCGCUGAUGGGCCGAGUGGGCAGGGUGGUGCUCUAUGGGGAGCGGGAGGGGGUGCUCUUCAGAGGGAUGAGCCUGCAGCACAUCUGUCUGGAGCUGGAUGGUAAGGGGGUACUACAGGGAUGGUAAGGGGGCACUACAGGGAUGGUAAGGGGGCACUACAGGGAACUGGGUGGUAAGGGGGUACUACAGGGAUGGUAAGGGGGUACUACAGGGAUGGUAAGGGGGCACUACAGGGAUGGUAAGGGGGUACUACAGGGAUGGUAAGGGGGUACUACAGGGAUGGUAAGGGGGUACUACAGGGAACUGGGUGGUAAGGGGGCACUACAGGGAUGGUAAGGGGGUACUACAGGGAUGGUAAGGGGGCACUACAGGGAUGGUAAGGGGGUACUACAGGGAUGGUAAGGGGGCACUACAGGGAUGGUAAGGGGGGGGUAACUACAGGGAUGGUAAGGGGGCACUACAGGGAUGGUAAGGGGGGGUACUACAGGGAUGGUAAGGGGGGUACUACAGGGAUGGUAAGGGGGCACUACAGGGAUGGUAAAGGGGCACUACAGGGAUGGUAAGGGGGUACUACAGGGAACUGGGUGGUAAGGGGGCAACUACAGGGAUGGUUAAGGGGGCACUACAGGGAUGGUAAGGGGGGGUACUACAGGGAUGGUAGGGGGUUACUACAGGGAUGGUAAGGGGGCACUACAGGGAUGGUAAAGGGGGCACUACAGGGAUGGUAAGGGGGACACUACAGGGAUGGUAAGGGGGGGUACUACAGGGAUUGGUAAGGGGGGUACUACAGGGAAACUGGGUGGUAAGGGGGCACUACAGGGAUGGUAAGGGGGUACUACAGGGAACUGGGUGGUAAUGGGGGCCACUACAGGGAUGGUAAGGGGGCACUACAGGAUGGUUAAAGGGGCACUACAGGGAUGGUAAGGGGGUACUACAGGGAUGGUAAGGGGGUACUACAGGGAACUGGGUGGUAAGGGGGUACUACAGGGAUGGUAAGGGGGCACUACAGGGAUGGUAAGGGGGUACUACAGGGAACUGGGGGGGGUAAGGGGGGCACUACAGGGAUGGUAAGGGGGCACUACAGGGAUGGUAAGGGGGGGUCUACAGGGAACUGGGUGGUAAGGGGGGGGUACUACAGGGAACUGGGUGGUAAGGGGGCACUACAGGGAUGGUAAGGGGGCACUACAGGGAUGGUAAGGGUAGGUACUACAGGGAACUGGGUGGUAAGGGGGCACUACAGGGAUGGUAAGGGGGUACUACAGGGAUGGUAAGGGGGCGACUACAGGGAUGGUAAGGGGCACUACAGGGAUGGUAAGGGGGGUAUACGGAGGUAGGAUACGGGAUGGGAAGGGGGCACUACAGGGAUGGUAAAGGGGCACUACAGGGAAUGGGUGUAAGGGGCUACUACAGGGAACUGGGUGGUAAGGGGGUACACAGGGGUGGUAAGGGGAUCGGGUGAAGGGGGGGUACUACAGGGGAUGGUAAGGGGGCUACUACAGGGAUGGUAAGGGGGUACUACAGGGAUGGUAAGGGGCACUACAGGGAUGGUAAGGGCCACAGGGAUGGGGUAAGGUAGGGGUGUAACAGGGAUGGUAAGGGGGGCACUACAGGGAUGGUAAAGGGGGCACUACAGGGAUGGAAAGGGGGUAAGGGGUAGGGGGUACUACAGGGUGUAAGGGAACUGGGUGGUAAGGGGGUACUACAGGGAAUGGUAAGGGGGCACUACAGGGAUGGUAAGGGGGGCACUACAGGGAUGGUAAAGGGGGUACUACAGGGAUGGUAAGGGGGUCACUACAGGGAUGGUAAAGGGGCACUACAGGGACUGGUUAAGGGGGGCACUACAGGGAUGGUAAGGGGGACUACAGGAGGGUGGUAAGGGGGCACUACAGGGAUGGUAAGGGGGCUACUACAGGGAUGGUUAAGGGGCACUACAGGGAUGGUAAAGGGGUACUACAGGGAACUGGGUGGUAAGGGGGCACUACAGGGAUGGUAAGGGGGUACUACAGGGAACUGGGUGGUAAGGGGGGCACUACAGGGAUGGUAAGGGGGGGUAGGGGCACUACAGGGGAAACUGCAGGUGGGGGUAAGGGUGGUAAGGGAACAUGGAUGGUAAGGGGGUACUACAGGGAACUGGGUGGUAAGGGGGCACUACAGGGAUGGUAAGGGGGUACUACAGGGAACUGGGUGGUCAAGGGUGGUAAGGGGUACUACAGGGAUGGUAAGGGGGCAUACAGGGAUGGUAAGGGGGUACUACAGGGAUGGGGUAAGGGGGUACUACGGAAGGGUGGUAAGGGGGUACUACAGGGAUGGUAAGGGGCACUACAGGGAUGGUAAGGGGGGGCUACUACAGGGAUGGUAAGGGGGCACUACAGGGAUGGUAAGGGGGUACUACAGGGAACUGGGUGGUAAGGGGGCACUACAGGGAUGGUAAGGGGGUACUACAGGGAUGGUAAGGGGGUACUACAGGGAUGGUAAGGGGGUACUACAGGGAACUGGGCUCUGGCGUGACCAAGCUAAUCCAUCGCAGAACUCCAUCCCUAAUCAGAGAGUUGGGGGGGGUUCUGUUCAUGACGGAGAAUAGUUGCAUUUUAGAUGUGAAUUAGGCAUCUCCCCAUCUCAUUGGGAUGGAGGAGAGGUGGAAACGGCAGUAGAGUAAUGAUAGCUUUGCUAACAAGGGAGGCAUGGCAAGUAUGCUGGUCAUGAUCACUAGGGCUAUGUUUAACACCAAGUAUGCUGGUCAUGUUUACUACCAAGUAUGCUGGUCAUGCUCACUAGGGCUAUGUUUAACACCAAGUAUGCUGGUCAUGUUUAACACCAAGUAUGCUGGUCAUGCUCAUUAGGGCUAUGUUUAACACCAAGUAUGCUGGUCAUGUUUAACACCAAGUAUGCUGGUCAUGCUCACUAGGGCUAUGUUUACUAACAAGUAUGCUGGUCAUGCUCACUAGGGCUAUGUUUACUAGCAAGUAUGCUGGUCAUGUUUACUAGCAAGUAUGCUGGUCAUGUUUACUAGCAAGUAUACUGGUCAUGUUUACUAGCAAGUAUGCUGGUCAUGUUUACUAGCAAGUAUGCUGGUCAUGUUUACUAGCAAGUAUGCUGGUCAUGUUUACUAGCAAGUAUGCUGGUCAUGUUUACUAACAAGUAUGCUGGUCAUGCUCACUAGCAAGUAUGCUGGUCAUGUUUACUAACAAGUAUGCUGGUCAUAUUUACUAACAAGUAUGCUGGUCAUGUUUACUAACAAGUAUGCUGGUCAUGCUCACUAGCAAGUAUGCUGGUCAUGUUUACUAACAAGUAUGCUGGUCAUAUUUACUAACAAGUAUGCUGGUCAUGUUUACUAACAAGUAUGCUGGUCAUAUUUACUAACAAGUAUGCUGGUCAUGUUUACUAACAAGUAUGCUGGUCAUGUUUACUAACAAAUAUGCUUGUCAUGCUCACUAGCGGUAUGUUUACUAACAAGUAUGCAGUCCCCUGUAGCUCAGCUGGUAGAGUAUGGCGCUUGCAAUGCCAGGGUUGUGGGUUCGAUUCCCACGGGGGGCCAGUAUGAAAAUGUAUGCACUCACUAACUGUAAGUCGCUCUGGAUAAGAGCGUCUGCUAAAUGACUAAAAUGUAAUUGUAAUGCUCACUAGCGGUAUGUUUACUAACAAGUAUGCUGGUCAUGCUCACUAGCGGUAUGUUUACUAACAAGUAUGCUGGUCAUGCUCACUAGCGGUAUGUUUACUAACAAGUAUGCUGGUCAUGCUCACUAGCGGUAUGUUUACUAACAAGUAUGCUGGUCAUGCUCACUAGCGGUAUGUUUACUAACAAGUAUGCUGGUCAUGCUCACUAGCGGUAUGUUUACUAUUUGUAAGUUGGUAAUAAAGCAGUAGUAAGUGAUUGCUAGUUUAGAGCUUUACACCGAGGUGACAUGAAGGGUGAUUCUCCUCCCGCUCUGACACAGAUGGGAGCAAACUUACCGGAACAUUCUAAAUAGAUGGGAACUCUGAAAAGGGCACCUUGUAAUUGCAUUGCCUGCCGUACAACCAUCUGUCCUUCACAGAUAUUGUUAACGGACAUCUCGUCUGUGUGAUAUGUUCUGGUUUGCUCAUUACGUAAAUGCCAGAGGAAAACCUUGCCCUGAGUCUCCAAGCCUUUUACAUUGUAAUGGCAGGUGAUAGUGAAUGAACAAAGCAUGUUGUAUAUGUGUUAUAUUCCUGUUGUUGUGCUCUCUCUGUCUUCUACCCCUACCCAACGUGCUCUCUGUCUUCUACCCUACCCAACGUGCUCUCUCUGUCUUCUACCCUACCCAACGUGCUCUCUGUCUUCUACCCCUACCCAACGUGCUCUCUGUCUUCUACCCUACCCAACGUGCUCUCUCUGUCUUCUACCAACGUGCUCUCUGUCUUCUACCCCUACCCAAAGUGCUCUCUCUGUCUUCUACCCCUACCCAACGCGUUGCUCUCUCUGUCUUCUACCCUACCCAACGUGCUCUCUCUGUCUUCUACCCCUACCAACGUGCUUUUCUGUCUUCUCCCCCUACCCAACGUGCUCUCUGUCUUCUACCCUACCCAACGUGCUCUCUCUGUCUUCUACCCCUACCCAACGUGCUCUCUCUGUCUUCUACCCCUACCCAACGUGCUCUCUGUCUUCUACCCUACCCAACGUGCUCUCUCUGUCUUCUACCCUACCCAACGUGCUCUCUCUGUCUUCUACCCUACCCAACAUGCUCUCUCUGUCUUCUACCCCUACCCAACGUGCUCUCUGUCUUCUACCCCUACCCAACGUGCUCUGUCUUCUACCCCUACCCAACGUGCUCUCUGUCUUCUACCCUACCCAACGUGCUCUCUCUGUCUUCUACCCUACCCAACGUGCUCUCUCGGUCUUCUACCCUACCCAACGUGCUCUGUCUUCUACCCUACACCAACGUGCUCUCUGUCUUCUACCCUACCCCAACGUGCUCUCUCUGUCUUCUACCCCUACCCAACGUGCUCUCUCUGUCUUCUACCCUACCCAACGUGCUCUCUGUCUUCUACCCCUACCCAACGUGCUCUCUGUCUUCUACCCCUACCCAACGUGCUCUCUGUCUUCUACCCCUACCCAACAUGCUCUCUCUGUCUUCUACCCCUACCCAACGUGCUCUCUCUGUCUUCUACCCCUACCCAACGUGCUCUCUCUGUCUUCUACCCCUACCCAACGUGCUCUCUGUCUUCUACCCCUACCCAACGUGCUCUCUCUGUCUUCUACCCUACCCAACAGUGAUGUCCGGGAACUCUGCUGAGUCCUUCUCAGACGACUCGGACGGGGAGGCAGAGAAGUUUAAGGAGAAGGUGGUGAAGAAGCGACCAGGUCGACCCCCCCGCAAGAAGGCACCCCCUCCCUCCUCUGUCAACCCUUCGCUCCCUGGUGCCCACAAUAGGAGAAUCAUUCAGCCCAAGUCAGGCAUGUACCAUGGAAUGUUUCCUACCCGAUAGCUUUACCUAUUCAUGCCUAUUUGGGUGAAUGUGUCUGAACAAUAGCCGCUUCGAAAACCCAUUAUUGCGCUACAUCCAUGCAAGCCGACGUGUGCUAGCAUCAGAAAUGUUGAAAAAAUUGAGGGACUCGACAAGCCAAUCGGUAACUUCCUCACACCUAUCGAGCCCUUUCAAAUCUACUCAAGUGUGCCGGACCACACAUGCCCCCUCGAGCCCUUGGUCAGGUGACUGGCUACUUUUUGUACUCCUUCUCUAUAUACCAACCUGUACUUAUAUAUAUAUAUAUAUAUAUAUAUAUAUAUACUUUUUAAACUAUACAAAAAUAUGUAAGGAGAUCAAAACUUUGAUGUAUCAUAAAUAUAUACAGUAUACACAAGUGUUUAGGGGCUAGGUGCUCGGUGGGGAUGGAUUUGGAAUUGGGAAAUUGAUGUUCAUGACUCUGUCCUGUGUUCCCAGGGAAGCGUGGGGUGCUGAAGCGGCCCUGGUCGGAGGCGGAGCGCGUCGCCGUGGAGACGCACCUGAAGAGGAACAUCAUGGAGCUCCGCGUGCCAGCCAAGGCGGACUGCGAGCGCUGCCUGCAGCUGUGUCCCCUGCUGGUCAGCAACCAGCGCGACUGGAGGGCCAUCAAGUUCUACUGCCACAACCGCAUUCAGCUACUGAAGAAGCAAGGCAGGAGGGAGAGAGCAGGGUACUCUGUUAGA